GAUGACCAGAGACUGCGGACACAGUACAGGAGAUGACCAGAGACUGCGGACACAGUACAGGAGAUGACCAGAGACUGCGGACAGACACAGUACAGGAGAUGACCAGAGACUGCGGACACAGUACAGGAGAUGACCAGAGACUGCGGACACAGUACAGGAGAUGACCAGAGACUGCGGACACAGUACAGGAGAUGACCAGAGACUGCGUACACAGUACAGGGAUGACCAGAGACUGCGGACACAGUACAGGAGAUGACCAGAGACUGCGGACAGUACAGGAGAUGACCAGAGACUGCAGACAUAGUACAGGAGAUGACCAGAGACUGCAGACA